GUUCAAACUUAUCUUCUUACUUUCACUUAUGGCCCAAAACCCUCCUUACAAAAUAUGUUUUGUACCCAGGAGCAAAGAAGAAGAGGAAGAAGAUGAGAAAAUCUACAAGAGAUACAGCGAAAUCGUUGCAACUCUUCCCACAAAAGAAGGUUGGUGGGGUAAACCGAUCUACCAGUAUCAAGGCUUUUGGUAUAACUCUGGAGCGUUUGGUGUUGGACCAUUGGCAGUUCAAGAUCACUUCAAGCCACGACCCACUGACGUUCUUGUUGCUAGCAUCCCCAAGGGUGGCACAACUUGGCUGAAAUCGCUAGUCUUUGCUGUCCUGAAUCGCAAAUCUCACCCUCCUUCAGCUCAGCACCACCCUCUGUUAAUAUUCAACUCCCACGAUCUUGUUCCAGUUAUGGAGAUGAUGCUAUAUAGCAACAUUUUAAAUGGAAACCGAAUUCCUAGACUCGAUAUCCUUCCAUCACCUAGACUGUUUGGCACACACAUGCCUUACACAUCACUACCUCAAUCUGUAGCACUUUCAAGUCCCCGGAUUGUUUAUAUUUGCAGGAACACCAAGGAUACUCUAGUAUCCUGGUGGCAUUUUACCAACAAGAUGAGAUCGAACAAUUCUUUAGAGCCUAUGGAACUGGAAGAAGCCUUCGACAGGUUCUGCAAAGGGAUGACUUCACCUGGGCCAUUUUGGGAACAUGUGUUGGGCUAUUGGAAAGCGAGCUUAGAACGGCCUCAAAAUGUGCUAUUUCUCAAGUAUGAGCAGAUGGUGGAUGAACCAGCUCUUCACUUAAAAAGAAUUGCAGAGUUUAUGGGGUGCCCCUUCUCUUCCAUUGAAGAAGAGAAGGAAGGAGUGGUUGAUCAAAUCAUAAAGCUCUGCAGUUUUGAGAAUUUAAGCAAUUUGGCAGUGAAUAAAACUGAAGAAAAUGGUAGUGGUUUCCCAAACAGAGUCUUCUUCAGGCAAGGUAAAGUUGGAGAUUCUGCAAAUUACCUCUCACCUGAGAUGAUGGAUCAGCUUGACCGCAUCACAAAGCAAAAAUUUCAUGGUUCGGGCUUAACACUCUGA